AUGUUCACAAAAGCCUACUACCGGUUCGGUAGUUCAAGACUUUUCCGCUUCUGCUUGUCCUGUGCUCAGCUUGGACUCCAUCCUUGUAGCAACGAGACUGAGUCCAUUCAAACCGCCACUCAUACUCUAUCUGCGUACUCAAAACCUUGUUAUAUCUCUCGGAAAUUGAGACUCAACAAGGCUACGGCUUUCUCUCUUGGCUCUUUUCGAGGACAUCUGACGAAAGAAAUUUCACUCUCUUGCCGGCUAUUGGGCGGAACCCUUGGAAAUCUACUUCUCCCAGUCACGCAUCCUUCGGCACGUCCAACGCGGAGAAAUCACUCAGCAGAGCUGCUUUCUCAACCCUGCGUCGACUCCAUGACGGUGGCAAUGGCUUCCCACCCGCAAGUUCGCGGUCACUUCAAAGAAGAGCCGCUUACCGAACCCUCCCGAGCAUCCAUUGAACCCGGUCGCAAGUUUGACCAGCUCAGGACACAACAGUGGGCUCAGCAGCACAUCUCCUGUUUCACCUCUGACUAG